AAUGAGUUUUUAGACCGCACGUGUUGCAUUUGUUUAUAUAUGCAAUGAGCAAAAAAGUGGUGAUUAAUAAGCGUGCAAAAGGCCUAUCGCGCGAUGCGCUGGAGCAGCUAAGCAAAACGGAGUUAAUUGACAAAAUAGAACAGCUCGAAGCGUACAACUUUCAGCUGAAAAAUAUACUACAAAAGAAACUGACCGAGAACGACAGAAACAACGCAGAAUACACAACGCUUUUGCGGGGAGAUACCGAAAAACCAGUAACGCUGCCAACAGAGGAAAAUACAUCUAAAAAAGAGGGAAAACAACGUAAGUUCAAUUGGGACAGUGCAAAUCGGCGACAUGUUCUGCUCAAAGUUAUGUACUUUGGCUGGGACUAUCAGGGCUUUGCCUGCCAGGAGGAUUCCAAUGAGACAAUUGAGGCAUUUUUGUUUCGGGCAUUGAUACGCACCUGUCUGAUUGAAUCGCGGGCAACGUCAAAUUAUCAUCGAUGCGGUCGGACUGACAAGGAGGUCAGCGCCUUCUGCCAAGUAAUAUCCAUUGAUUUGCGUAGUAAACAUGCACCCGAUGUCCAAUUGGAGUCGGACUCAUUGGCAACGGAAAUCGACUACUGCAGUCUGCUGAAUCGUGUGCUGCCCAAGAACAUUCAAUGUGUGUCCUGGAUGCCAUUGCGAAAUCAUGUGUACAGCGCUCGAUUCGAUUGCAUUUCACGCACAUAUCGCUACUACUUUCCCAAAGGAGAUCUGGAUAUUGAAGCCAUGCGCAUGGCCUGCGACCUAAUUGUAUGUCAUGGAGAUUUCCGAAACUUCUGUAAAAUGGAUGUGCACAAUGGCGUUACGAAUUAUAUGCGCAAUUUACAGGCAGCUAGGAUACAGGCGUGUGAAGGAACUGCUGUCGAAGUAGAAAAUGAUCUAAAUUCGGGCUACACAAUGUAUUAUUUGGAAAUACAAGCGAAUGCGUUUCUCUGGCAUCAGAUACGCUGCAUUAUGGCAGUGCUGCUGCUCGUUGGCCAGAAACAUGAGGAGCCAGUUAUCAUUAGUAAAUUGCUAGAUGUCGUCAGCAAUCCGUGCAAGCCACAGUAUACCCCUGCCAUUGGUUUACCGUUGAAUCUAUUCCGCUGUGAUUUUCGUGCAAAUACCACGCGUCGAACAAAUCCAUCAGCAUCAUAUUCAGCACCUGACGAAGAUAAUGCUGCCGAUGAUGCCUCCUCGUUUAAAAUGGAGACUGCUGCACCAUGCGAACCCGAUCUUACUGAUUGGGUUUACAGUGAAGAGAAUCUACAGAAGCUUGUCGAGAAUGUGCAAAACGAGUGGACGCAGUUCAGCGUCAAAUGCACCAUGAUCCGCAACACACUGGAGCAUCUGGAAAUGCUUGUCCAGCAGAAGUGUAAGCCGCAAAAGAUCAAUGCGCAGGCGCUUCUCCUGCAGGAUGCGGCCAAGCCACGUCAAUAUCAGCCACUCUUGCAGCGCAAGCGUUGUGAGAGCCUGGAGAAUCGCAUCGAUCACUUUGUAAAAAAGCAAAGGUUAUUAGUAAAAGGCGAUAUGGCAACGGAGGCUAAAUAGAAUUCAAUAUAUACUAUAGAAAAUAGGGACAUAAAUCUUUAUUUAUGUAAAAUAUAAUUUUGUAAAUGGAACCGGCUGAGAUUUUGCAGGUUUUGUUAUUUUAAUUCUAAUAGACAAAAAAAUAUUGAUGGAAAACUACCUGAACAUUUAUAGGUACUUACAUUUAUUUAUUCAUUUUUUUAUUUUCAAGAAAUUGUACAACGUUUUAAAAGCUUAACUUAGAUUAUUGUAAAUAAUUUAAAUGUUAAUUCAUUCAAUUACUUAAAUAUAGCGUGCAAAGAGCCAAUUUAUAAAUGUUAUUAGUUUUUACAGAUAUCUCUAUUGAUACAUAUAUACUAUGUAAGCAAGUAUGUGUAAAUAUAUACAUAUGUCUUUUACGUAAGGGUGCAUAUUACCGGGACUUUGUACGUUUACAAAAAAAGUAAAGAAUCUUUACCACUAGA